AUGGAGCUUCCAUUUUUUCAUGGAAAGAUAACAAAAAGAACCUGUGAAGAACUGCUGAGCAAGAACAAAAAGAAUGGUAGCUAUUUAAUACGAGAGAGUGAAAGUGUGGAAGGAGCCUUGUGUCUCUGUGUUUUCUUUGAAGAACUCAUCUACACUUACCGUAUCUUCAGAGAACACCAAGGAAAUUUUAGAAUACAGACUUCUGAAGGUGUUCCAGAGAGGCUCUUUAGAACAUUAAAGGACCUAAUACACACUUAUGAAAAGCCAAAUCAAGGACUAAUUACAAACCUCCGCUACCCAGUAAAGAAACAAAAGGCCUCGCAGAGAAGCCAGAGGUUCAAUUCAGGAAAGGAUGACGUUUAUGAUGAAAUUGAUGACAGCAAUUAUGUCACUGUCUUACCCUGA